AUGGCUAAUGGUGCUCUCCCGAAGUCGUCGGGCGAGGGGGAAACGUACCUCCGCGGUGGCAGUGCAGGGAGCUUCAGUCACACUUCCGAAGGCAGCGAUGGCAACGCCGGCCAACAUGUCUCACCCAGAUCCUGGGCUCCCGGACAAGCCGGCGCCGGAGCUAACCAGUGGUCAUUGCAGCAACACCCAUGGGACAUCCUGGGCAUCCCGCGAUCAGCUUUCACAACGCCGGUCUCUGGGCGACCGUCAUGGACACCGGGCCAGUCGACGCGAGCCACAGCAGACCCAGCGCGGGCGCAGGGCCCAGCACAACAGCCAGCAGUAGAGGCGCACAACGCGCGAGUUGGGGUACCUGAGCCACCAUAUGAUCCUCUUCGAUUAAGAUAG